ACUCUGGAUGUGGCCAACAACCAGCUGCAGGAGCUGCCUGCCGCGCUGGCCGACUGCCCCCGGCUGAAGGAGGCCAACUUCAGGGGCAACCAGCUGAAGGACAAGCGGCUGGAGAAGAUGGUCAACGGGUGCCAGACCAAGGCCAUCCUGGAGUACCUGCGCGCUGGGGGCCGCGGGAAGGGGAAGGCUGAGAGUGCCAGGGAGGAGGCCAGGAAGAAGAAGAGGGAGAAGCAGCAGAAGAAGACCAGUGGUGACGGGGAGCAGGAUGAGGUAGAAGAGGCAAGCAAGCUGCUGGUGAAGGUUCUGCAUGUCUCCGAGAACCCAGUGCCUUUGGUGGUCAAAGUAAGCCCAGGAGUAAAAGAUGUUCGACCCUUCAUCGUGUGCUGUGUGCUGAAGGGAGUGAACUUGAAGCCAGGAAAUGCUCUCAAGAGGUUCUUGUCUGCACAGACUAAGCUGCAUGAGGACAUCUGUGAGCGGCGCACAGCAGCCACCAUCGCCACCCACGACUUGCAGCUGGUCAAAGCUCCUCUGACUUACGAUGUUCAGCCUCCCGAGGAGCUGAAGAUAAUGCCUCUGGGUCGGAAGGAGAUCAAGGCAAAGGACCUUCUCCGCCAGCUGCAGUCGGAAGCUGAGGAGCAGAGGAAGCAGAAGAAGCGUCAGAAUGUCUCUGGGCUGCACAAGUACCUGCAGUUGCUGGAUGGAAAAGACAACUACCCAUGCCUGGUGGAUGCUGAAGGCUCAGUGAUUUCCUUCCCACCAAUAACCAACAGUGAGAAAACAAAGAUUCGAAAAGACACCUGUGACCUGUUUCUGGAGGUGACGAGUGACACCAGCUUACAGAUCUGCAAAGAUGUCAUGGACACACUUAUCCUGAAAAUUGCAGAGCUGAACAGGUUUACCUUGGAGAACAAGGAAGGCUCAGGCUCGGAUGCAGAGCCAGAUGCUCUCUGUGGACCAGGGAGUCUGGAGCCCAGCGAGCACACACAGCCCAGGAACCUGCCCUUGGUGGUGGAGCAGGUGCGAGUGGUGGACCUGGAUGGAAACCUGAAAGUACUUUAUCCUUCCAAGACUGACCUGGGCACAGUGUCCUCUCUGCUGACUGUGAUCCGCUAG